UUUCUUUAUAUUUUUAUGUUAUCAAAUUGUAUGUUUUAAUAUUUUGUUAUGGCAUGUAGUAACUGCCUUUUGUUUUAUUUCAGCAUUUUCUGCUCGAACCUUUUCUUUCACUCUCCUAACUUCCUAUAACUUCAUUCGAAUAUGUCAGACGAACCACCACUUGCUGUUAUCGAUACCACCAUGGGUACAAUUGAAAUCGAACUAUAUUGGAAGCAUGCUCCAAAAACUUGUAGAAACUUUGCUGAAUUAUCAAAAGUUGGGUACUUCAAUAAUGUUAUAUUUCAUCGAAUAAUACCUGAUUUUAUGAUUCAAGGCGGGGAUCCCACUGGCACAGGAAGAGGAGGUAGCAGUAUUUAUGGAAAAAAUUUUGAGGACGAAAUUCAUCCAGAUUUGAAACAUUCAGGUGCAGGUAUUCUCUCUAUGGCCAAUUCAGGACCUAAUACAAAUGGUAGUCAAUUUUUUAUUACCUUGGCUCCCUGUCAAUGGCUUGAUGGAAAACAUGCCAUAUUUGGCAGAGUUAGCAGCGGAAUGCAUGUUGUUCAGAGACUUUCAAAAGUUCCAACAGAUAGUUCCGAUAAACCCCUAGAAGAUGUUAAAAUUGUUAAGUCAUCUGUAAAAUAUACAUGAUUUGUUGUAUAAAUAAUGUACUAAUUUUUUAUUAAAACUUUAAUUUUAACCUUUUUAUAAAAUACUUGAAGUAAUGUGAAAUGUGUUUUAUUGGUGCAUUGUAAUAUCUUAUUAAUUUUUAUGUUUGCAUACGGGUGAUUCUCCAAGAACCUGACAUUUUCCAACCACUUUUUCUUUUUUUAAAAAAUAAAAAUGCUUUAAAAAAAAUCUGAAAAAAUUCAAUUACUCUUUGUUUGGAUUUUCUUUAGAGAAAAAUAGAGAGAACUCACUUUCUACCCUACACCCUCAAAAGAGGGGGUUAAAUUUUCAUAUACCAGGAGAAUGACAAUAUGAAUUAUUUUAUCAAAGGUUUUCAAUAAUGUAACUAUAGUAAUAAAGAAAUAACUGUGGUUUAAAUCAAAAAGUAUGAUGACUGCACGAAAAAACAAUCUAUGUAAAACCUCCUUUAAAGGACACUCUCAAAUAGCGAA